AUGGAAAAUGCGAUGAUGUUGGCCGCAGUGCAUGAUUUGAACGCAAUGAUGGACCCAGCCGAUGUUUUUAAAACGCCUAUUGCGAAACUCAAGGAACCUGCACAAAAAGCGGCGGUGGCUAACAAACAUAAUGUAGAACUAGCGGCAAAUGAGAUCACGGCUUCAAUGGACCAGGAGGAGGAAGAUGCGAAAACUGCGACCGACGUUGGCCUCACAAUGCAAACUUCCAUCUAUAGCUUUGAUGCACUCAAUCCGCAACAUGAAAUAGUUCUGGUGCCGUCACAAUAUGAACUGCAAGAUCUGCAUGAUUAUCGUCUCUACAUUCCACAGUCGGAUGGCACCGGAGCGGCUGCCAACCUAUUCGAUCCGCGUUUUUUCAUCAUUCGACCGCCUAUAGCAGCUGCAGUCUCUCAAUAUUACAUCGAUAUGGUUGUAUAUUUUCUCACACGCUUACAGCAGUCGCCAAUGUCCUCUGGAUCGUUGUCGCUUGAAUCGAGUGAAAGUACCAAAAGUGGAGGUACUCUUCAUUGCCCAGUUCUUUCGAGCACACUGUUUUGGUUCUUUGAGAUGGCGAAAGGCGGUUUUCCAGGUGCAUCAGCGGAUGCAGCGAGAACACCGGAUGAUAUCGAAUCGCUGGAAUACUCA